GUGCAGCAAAGGUCUAUCCAUUUAAGUAGAUUCUCACUGUAGCCCUUGCACAGGAAUUGUUUUAGAUUUUAGGUUUCUAUCACCUAUUAUUUUUUCUUGUAUUUACUAUUACUAACUGCUUUCCACAUGAAGAAUAUAUUAAGGAUGUUUCUUCGAAGUAUCGUAAACAAGUCAAAAGAGAAACCUUGGCUACCAGAAAAGAUUGGACUGAAGUCUGAAAGUAAGAAAAUGGACAAAAUAAUUAAAAAGAUGAUAUUAACUGUGUUCCUGAGCAACAAUGAACAGAUUUUGACAGAAGUUCCAAUUACACCAGAAACGACCUGUCGAGAUGUUGUGGAGUUCUGCAAAGAACCUGGAGAAGGAAGUUGCCACUUGGCUGAAGUGUGGCGGGGAAAUGAACGCCCCAUACCCUUUGAUCAUAUGAUGUAUGACCAUCUACAGAAAUGGGGACCUAGAAGAGAAGAGGUGAAAUUUUUCCUUCGACAUGAGGAAUCUCCAACUGAAAGCAAUGAACAAGGUGGACGUCAGACCCAAAAUCAAAGAAAUGGAAUAAAUAUACCGGUGGAGAAACGUACAGAAAAUGGGGUUGGGAAUCCACGUGUUGAGCUCACAUUUUCAGAGCUUCAAGAUAUGGCUGCCAGACAACAACAACAAAUUGAAAAUCAGCAGCAAAUGUUGGUUGCUAAGGAACAACGCUUACGUUAUCUGAAGCAGCAAGAACGUCGUCAGCAGCAGUCCAUUUCUGAGAGUGAAAAGCUUCAAAAACUUAAGGAACGAGUGGAGACCCAGGAGACAAAGCUGAAAAAAAUCCGUGCCAUGAGAGGGCAAGUGGACUAUAGCAAGAUCAUGAACGGCAACCUGUCUACUGAAAUUGAGCACAUCAGUGCAAUGUUCCAGGAAAAGCAGCAGGAGCUACAAGCUGCAGUGUUAAAAGUGGAUCAACUCACUCAGCAACUGGAAGACUUGCGGAAAGGGAAAUUGAAUGGCUUCCAGUCUUACAAUGGACAGAUGACAGGGCCUGCAGCUGUAGAACUAAAAAAGUUGUAUCAGGAGCUGCAGAUCCGUAACAGGCUUAAUCAAGAACAGAACUCCAAGCUGCAGCAGCAGAAGGAACUUUUAAACAAACGCAACACGGAGGUGGCUAUGAUGGACAAGCGAAUCAAUGAGCUGCGCGAGCGCCUGUACAAGAAAAAAGUUGAGGCACGUCAAAAAGAAAACAUCCCUUUAAAUCGUAUUAACGGAACCUCAUCGCCACAGUCAUCCUUGAGUGCUUCAGGAAGAGUAGCAGCAGUGGGACCUUACAUCCAGGUUCCCAGUGCAGGCAGUUAUGCUGUACCAGUGGACCCAGUGAAACCACAGUCUCUCACCAUUGCUUCCAGUUCAACCCAUGGAAGAUCAAAAUCUGAUGGUGGAAAAAUAAGCAAGGUGCAUGGCUCCUGGACAGAGUCAGAUCUUGAUGCUGGGCCUGACUACAGCUCUUCCGGGCAAUCUACAAACUGUGAAAAACAAUUUCUAGACUCUACUGAAGGAAACUGGCCAACACUUAAGCAAAGCUCAGCCCCUGUCGUAAAACCCUCCCAGCUCUCCAACGCAGACUGGAAAGAAUCAAGCAUGGAUACAGCUUUAAAACAAGGAACUAUAUCCAGUCAGCCUUUGCCAUCUUCUUUAUUAGGAAGUACUGAUAAGCUGGGCCUUGAUAUGGGGAAGGUGCCACCAACCAUUCCUGGUGUGAGCAAGCAGUUGCCUCAAAACUAUGGGACCUAUCCAAGCCCUAUUCCUUUAGGAACAAGUUCUACAAAUUCUCUGGAGAGGCGGAAGGAUGGCAGCCUGCCAAGACCUGGUUCCAGUAUAAUAAGUCGGCAAAGAUCUGUUCCAUUACCACCAUCAAGCAACAUACAUCAACCCAGUUCCUCACAACAGAUCCAACAGAGAAUUUCCGUACCUCCUAGCCCUACAUAUCAGCCUUCUGGCCCCCCCUUAUUUCCUGGAGGAGAUGGAAGGCCUGACCUUCCUUUAACUGUGGCUAUCAGACCUUUCCUAGCUGAUAAAGGAUCAAGGCCUCAGUCUCCCAGAAAAGGACCACAAACAGUAAACUCAAGUUCCAUCUACUCAAUGUAUCUUCAGCAAGCAACCCCACCCAAAAACUAUCAACAAGCUGUAUACAACACCCUAAAUAAGUCAGUAAAAGCAGUUUAUGGAAAACCUGUUCUACAAUCUGGCUCAACUUCUCCAUCACCUUUACCAUUCCUUCAUGGUUCUUUGCCUGCACACCCUUCUUCACAGCCACAGUCUCAGCCUCAGGCUGAGCUCACUGAAAAAGAUCAAGAGCUAGAAAAUAUUCCUUCCUCUGGUGAAAAUAGCAAUGUAGAAAACAUUCCUCGCCCUCUCAGUCCUACCAAGCUUACACCUAUUGUCCAUUCACCCCUCCGAUAUCAAAGCGAUGCUGAUCUUGAAGCUCUUAGAAGAAAAUUAGCCAAUGCUCCCAGGCCAUUAAAGAAGCGUAGUUCUAUCACUGAACCUGAAGGACCCAGUGGGCCAAAUAUACAGAAGUUAUUGUAUCAGCGUUUUAAUACACUUGCUGGAGGAAUAGAAAGUGCUCCGUUUUAUCAGCCAAGCAAUGCACAGGACUUCAUAGGCAUCUUAGCAGAUGUUGAUAAUGGAAACACUAGUACCAAUGGCAAUAUUGAAGAACCUAUUUCUGUGCAACCUACAGUUCCUCUUCCUGAUGAACCUCCUCCUUCAUCAGAUGCCAAUGAUAAUGAAUUACCUUCUCCUGCCACUGAAGAAUUGAUCAGUAUUGAAACCACUAACCAAACCUCUGAGACAACUGAAGAUAGUAAUAAUAAUCCUGCUAUACUCCCUUCCACUGAGCAGCCACCUAGCCCUGUACCUGAGGUUAGUUCCCCAGUAGAAGAUGAAGUUCCUGUGCCACCAGCUGUUCCUCCUCCUCUUCCUCCAACCAAACGUACCAACCUGAAGAAACCUAAUUCUGAGAGGACAGGACAUGGUUUGAGAGUGAAGUUCAAUCCUUUGGCCCUCUUGCUUGAUGCUUCUUUGGAGGGAGAAUUUGACCUGGUACAAAGGAUCAUAUAUGAGGUUGAUGAUCCCAGCAAACCCAAUGAUGAAGGAAUUACCCCUUUGCAUAAUGCAGUAUGUGCUGGCCAUCACCACAUUGUAAAGUUCCUGCUUGAUUUUGGUGUAAAUGUGAAUGCAGCAGACAGCGAUGGAUGGACACCUUUGCAUUGCGCAGCUUCUUGCAAUAGUGUUCACCUCUGUAAACUACUGGUGGAAUCUGGGGCAGCAAUUUUUGCUUCAACUAUAAGUGAUAUAGAAACUGCUGCAGACAAGUGUGAAGAGAUGGAGGAGGGUUAUAUUCAGUGUUCCCAGUUCUUGUACGGUGUACAAGAGAAAUUGGGAGUCAUGAAUAAAGGAGUAGUAUAUGCACUCUGGGAUUAUGAAGCCCAGAAUAAUGAUGAGUUGUCAUUCCAUGAGGGUGAUGCCAUUACUAUUCUGAGACGCAAGGAUGACAAUGAAACGGAAUGGUGGUGGGCUCGCCUCAAUGAUAAAGAAGGCUACGUGCCUAAAAAUCUUCUGGGGUUAUACCCACGAAUAAAGCCUAGGCAGCGAACCCUGGCUUGAACUCAGUCAUAUGGCAGUCCGAUACAUCUUUCUGGUAACUGGAAACUUAAAACAUACACUGGAACCAUUCUUUUAAAUCGUAUUUCACCUGGAGAAAUAAAGCUAUAAUCUUUGUUUUUAAUGGUGCUUUCUCUUGUUAGUGGACAGCAUUCAAGGUUUUAAAAUCUGUAGUUUGUAAAUAAUUAUUCCGUGUGAUCCACUACUAACAAGGAGAGCGACCUACACAACCUACAGUAUUUUGCCAACUGCAGUCUAAAAACCAAAACCACAAGUCCCAGCUGUUGAAGGUCCUGUGGUUGGAACUUUCUGUCGAAGUGUUCAGAAGUGUCAUUUGCAAAAUGCAGAUGUGCUGUUCUCUGUUCCAAUCCCACAGCAACUGUCCCAUGUGUCAAGAUUUUAGAUAUUGUUUUUGUCUGACACCAGUGAAAGUUGAGUUUACUCAUUACUGAUUUAACUCCUUGAGUGCCAGGAUGGAAAAUAAGCUACGUGAAUAGUCACCAAAGCUUUAUGGAGACUAGGAUUUAAAUAUAGGAGUCUGCUUAAGUAACACUUACAUUCUAAUUUAGACAUCCCAAAAUUAAACUUCAGAUAUCCUAGCAUCAAGAUAUUGUUUGCAUUUAGUGACAAGCUAGGAGGAAGAUCAGCAGUAUUUGUACACCUUCUUGGAACCCCUACAGUAGUUCACUUAGUAUUUAUUUUCUUGAUUUUCAUCUCAUAGCACCAAUUUACCUCUACUAAUUAAAACAUUUCCCCUACUAACCACACGAAUUUAAAAAAAAAAAAAAGAACUAAACUUGCAGUUAAAGGGAUUUGUAUGUCUGCAUGGAUGAAAGUGCAAUAGUUGAGAAGGGUAAGAGUCUGAUUUAACUUAAAGUCUGCCUUAGUUAUGGUAGGAAGACUUCGAAGGACCGAAUAGAAGUGGAGAGAGUUGAUUGUGUUUAGGUAUAAGGUCAAGGAGAGAAAAAGUAACCAAGUUCACAGUAGGAUUUGAAAAGUGAUAAUAGUCUGUAUCAAUGAGGACAGUUCCUGUGGUUCUUGGCAGCCCCACACCUAUAGCCAGGGUGAGUUAUGCAAUAACCUACAUCACGAUAUUGUAGUUUCAAGCAAACAGCACUUCACUGGAGUUUUAAAUGUACAUGGGUUUUAUAUACCAAAAGUAUAUUUUGGAUUUCCCAUAAUAAGCUGUAGCCAUGUUUCUUGCAAUUUUUUCUCCCAUUAAGCUGUAGGCCACUUUGCUUUAAAUCUUCAUGUACGUCUUGUGUAUAAUUUAUAAUAUACAUUUAUGCAGUGCUGUAACAUGCUUCUACCACAGGUUAGCAUAAAUUGUAUAUAUUGUGGUGAUGAAAAGUGAAAGGGUAUUAUUGUUAAAGAAUUUGCUACAUGAAUGUGACAAUUUCAAGACCUAUGAUGCACUAAAUUUGGAAGAACAUGUAAAAUGUGCACAAUAAAGUACUGCUAAGGCA